CUCUCUCUCUCCCCAACUCCCUCUCUCUUUCUCGAUUUCUCUCUCUCUCUCCCUCUUUGCUCUCUGCUACUGUACACGUACCUCAAAUUCACCAUAAGUUCACAACUACCGGCUAUAGCAUACCCAAAAAAAAUCAUGGGUUUUCCAGUGGGUUACACGGAGCUUCUCCUCCCGAAACUUCUUCUGCACACGCUUUCUCUUCUGGGUUUCAUCAGAAAACUCAUCUCCUACUUCUUCCGCUUCCUGGGUCUCACCGAUUUUCUGGAACCGGACAUUGUGUGGACGGAGGGGUCGACCCAGGUGCCGGAAUUUCAGUCGGUGUCGGCGGUUCUGAUCCGGGAGAUCCUCCCGGUGAUGAAGUUCGAGGAGCUGGUGGGGGCCGGCGCUGGAGACCCGCCGGACCAGUGUGCGGUCUGUCUGUAUGAGUUUGAAGGACAGGAGGAGAUCCGACGGCUGACGAACUGCCGGCACAUAUUUCACCGGAGCUGCCUGGACCGUUGGAUGGACUGUGAUCAGAAGACGUGUCCGCUUUGUAGAACUCCCUUCAUCCCUGAUGAUAUGCAAGAAGCAUUCAAUGAGAGGCUUUGGGCUGCCUCUGCUCUUCCUGAUUUCUAUGGAGACUACUCUCCUCUUGGUUUAUAGCUCUCCUUUUCCUUUCUUUUCUUUUCUUUUCUUUUCUCAGAGAAAUUUUUUUUUUUCGAUGUUGAUUGUAUAUAU